AUGUCAUCAGGUUUCGUUUCAGCCGGAACGAACGAGAAGCCAAUCGAGCGGGACGAUGAAUGGCUUAGAGCGCAGCAAGAGUUAGAGGAGGAGCGGAGACGAAAGGCCGAGAUAGGGAAGCAGGAUGACGGCAAAAGUCUCUUUGAGGUGUUGGAGCGGAAUAAAAUGGCCAAACAGGAAGCAUUUGAAGAGAAAUCCCGUCUCAAAAACCAAUUUCGCUCCCUCGAUGAAGACGAAGUCGAGUUCCUGGAUUCUGUUCUCGAGUCAACACGCGCCAAGGAGGCCGCUGUGAAGAGAGAGACAGCGGAACAACUUGAAGCCUUCCACCGACGGCGCGAGGAGGCACAGAAAGCACUGCUUGAAUCAACCUCGUUGAAUAUGACACCUGAGCAAGGAGAAGAAUGGACAGCACUGGCUCGCAAGAGACGGAAGGAUAAACAUAGGAACUCAUUGAUUGCAGGGAAGAAGCGCAAGGCUUCAGUCACCGAGAACACCGCUGGGAAGGGCAUACAGAAUGGGACAGACUCGCAGAAUCAGGCCGGAGCUGGCGGUUCAAGUACCAAAAAGCUGGAUCAAGGGACUUCGAAGUCCAGUACAACCACACCUGCUACUUCUGCCGCGGCAUCUGAAAUCCCAAAUCCUGCCACACAGUCCAAGGUAGUGACAGCUACAGAGAAGGGACAAGUACAGCCAAAAAGCCCCACAAAACCAACGCUGGUUUCGCUUGGCUUGGGCGGAUACAGCUCAGAUUCUGAAUGA